CAGAGGAUAUAUAUGAGCUACAGUUGAAACGUUUUAAUAGCACCAGCACCACCAGUGAGGAAAACUUUUUUCAACAAAAUGAAGCAGUUUCUUGUAGUGUUGAUUGGUCUCAGCAUACUCAACAUUGCUUUGUCAGGAGCUCCUACUCGUGUACUGACCAGCUGUUGCAAGAGGUAUUCAAAGAAAGUCCCCUCCAUCGACAAAAUCCAAAGAUUUGAAAUCCAGAGCAAUGGAGGCCGUUGCAAGAUUAAUGCUGUAAUAUUCACAGUUGGGUCCAGGCGUAUCUGUGCAGAUCCAAAAAGGAAAAAGGUCAUUAAUACUUUGAAACAACUCCCAGAAAAGGAACAGAAGAUGAAAAUGAUGUUGAUUGUCUGGGAUUAAACAAAUGAAGGAAGUUUUCAAAGACUUGAUAUAAUGCUUUCUUGUAUUUUACACAUUUCCUUGGAAAGUUUGCACAUGGAAGCAACAUCUGUAUUUAUAUCAUUAAAUUGUAAAUCAGAUUCAUCUUUUGAUCCUCUCUGAUAUUUGAACUGUUUCUGUACAUCUCCACUACCACAACCACCUUUCAUGUGCCAUUAGAGUUAGGUAUGAAUAUUGCAUAAUAAAUAAAAUCUGACUGUCCUCCAUGCUUGUAUCAAUGCUGUGCAAUAGUAGUUAAUCAAGUGUAAAAUUAGUACUGAUGAAGAGACAGAUCAUUCACAUACCCCACUGAAAUUUACCUGAAGAGUAAGAUCUCGAUCUGAAAAACAAAAGCUUGAACCUCAGUGCUACCUGUGUGGACCUCUACAAGUAUAUGUGUUCUCAUCUCCAAAGAGGUUUACAAAUUGCUACAUUAUAAGCACAUACUCACAUAUAUUGUAAGUAAUGCUUUAGCAUAAAGGGACUAUGUUCAUCAAGGCAAUGAUAUUUUGUAAUUUCUCCAUUUAAAAUGGCUUCACAGUCAGGUCAUUCAUGAAAAGUCAUUCAUGUUAAGUGUUUCUCCUAAGAAGGUUGAAUGAAGGAUGGGCCCCCUUAAACUGACUGGAUCAAGCAGAAUUUAUUUAAUUUCAAGAUUGUAUAAUUGCCCACAGAAUUUGCAGAGAGAAAAUAUACUGAAAUUUCAAGCUUCUGUUUAAUGCCACUUUUUAGCACUUUAUAACAUCCCACAAAGGGAGUCCUUCUGCUUAAGUCAAAAAUAUAGUUAUGUAUUUUAAUUAUAACUUUUUGGCAUCUAUUUUCUGUUUCAAUAAAUUGUGGAUUUAUCAUU